AUGCGCAAGCACUACCACACUGACCGCGGCCUGUUCCGCGCGGUGCAGGACGUGGACGUGGAGGUGGCGCCGGGCACGAUCACCGCGCUGCUGGGCCCCUCCGGCUCCGGCAAGACCACGCUGCUGCGCCUGAUCGCGGGGCUGGAGACGCCCACCGCGGGUGCCAUCGCGUUCGACGGCGUGGACAUGACGCAGCGCUCCAUCCAGGACCGCGACGUGGGGUUCACCUUCCAGGGCUACGCGCUGUUCAAGCACAUGACGGUGGCGGAGAACAUCGCGUUCGGCCCGCGCGUGCGCCGCCUGCGCAUCGACGUCGAGGCGCGCGUGGCCGAGCUCCUGGCGCUGACGGGGCUGGCGGGGUAUGGGUCGCGCUACCCGCCGCAGCUGUCCGGCGGGCAGCGCCAGCGCGUGGCGCUGGCCCGCGCGCUGGCCUGCAGCCCGCGCCUGCUGCUCCUGGACGAGCCCUUCGGCGCGCUGGACCCGCUGGUGCGCAAGGCGCUGCAGCGCUCGCUGCGCGACAUCGUGCGCGAGAUCGGGGUGACCACCAUCAUGGUCACCCACGACCAGGAGGAGGCCUGGGAGCUGGCCGACAGCGUGGUGCUGUUCAACGCUGGGCGCGUGGAGCAGGCGGGGCGCAUGGAGGACAUCGCCGCCCGGCCCCGCUCGCCCUUCGUCAUGAACUUCGUGGGCGACGUCAUGCACCUUCCCGCCGGCUGCCUCUUCGUGCGCAAGAUGGGGCUGACAACCGCCCGCCCCUUUGUCAUGGUCAGGCCCUCCGACGUCAGCCUGCACGCCGACUACCGCCAGCCCCGCAUCUGCCCCGCCACGGUCAUCGCCAAGACGCUGGUGGGCUGGACCGCGCGCUACUACCUCCAGUUUGACGACGGGCUGGAGAUGGACCUGCUGGUGUCCAAGAAGGAGGACAGGGCGCUGUACGACUUUGGGGUGAAGCAGAGGGUUUACGUGUCCUGCGACCCCUCCCUCAUGCUCCCCUUUGAGCCGGCAGAGCUGAACGACCCGCUCAGCGAGGAGGUGCUGCUGUCCCGCCUGGGCUGA